AUUUCAGAUUUCUAGAAUAUGGAGAUUUGGAGAACGCCCAAACAUGUUGGGAAAUACCACGGUUCUAUAGCUUUUAAAGAUAUCUAUAAUUAUUAAUAUGAGGAUCUAUAUUCAAAAUUGUUAUUAAGAAGGGAGCGCAUGUUGGCAACCACCGAAACAUUCAGUGAGAGUGACGACUUAAUUAGAGUGAACAGUGGAAAGUACAGUUGUCCCAAGUAUAUGGUCUUGUCAAUUUAGUCCAAAGACAAUCACAACAGUGGAUGAUAGACACCAUAGAUUGAACCACGAAAAAACUAUUAUAGAGACGAUUAUCGAUUUUGAUGGGAAAUUUUAACCGGUAGGUCUGUCAGUGGGUCGGAAUCGUGGCCGAUCUUGUUACUUUGUUUUCAAAUUAGGCCGAGCCGAGCGUGAAUAGGUGGUGUGACUUCGCAAUACCCUCCUUACGCUUGCAUGAAAAUGGAAAAUAUACCAAAUUUUGACCAGAAAGAAGAGAAGCUGUUACAGGCUGCCAGAAAAGGAGAUUUAGCAGUAGUUAAUAGCCUGCUUGACCUAUCUAAUGAUGGUACUUCCACUCUGGACAUUAACUGCAAAGGACAAAACAAAUCAAAUUUUGGAUGGAGUCCUCUUCACCUUGCAGCAUAUUUUGGCCAUGAAUUUGUUGCAGAAGCCCUUUUGACUCAUGGUGCAGAUGUGAAUAUUUUAAAUGGAAUGGGUGAUACUCCUCUUCACAGAGCAGCUUUUACAGGAAGGACGAGUGUUGUUCUUUUGCUACUUAAAUUUGGAGCAAAUGUAUCAAUAAUAAAUGGAGAAGGAAGAACACCUUUGCAAAUGGCUGACAAUCAAGAAGUUCUUAAUCUUAUUAAAGCGGCUGAACGGUCACAGAAACUUCGCUGCAAUGAAAAGCUACUGAAUGCAGCCAGAGAGGGAAAUAUGAAGAGAACCAAGGAGUUGCUUGGCUGCCCCAGUCCACCAAAUAUCAACUGUCGUGAUUUAAUGGGCAACACUCCAUUGCAUUGUGCAGCAUACAGGGGUCACAAAGAAGUGGCAGUAUUGUUACUACAAAAUGGAAUUGAUUCAACGAUCAAGAACAACAGAGGGUUGACAGCUAGUGAGCUAGCAAGAGAUGACAAAAUGAGGCAGCUGCUCGAUGUUCAGCCAAUGCAGGUUGUCCAAAAGACAGUUCAAAGGUUCGAAGGGUAUUUGAUGAAGAGGACCAGGGUGUUUGGAUGGAAGAAGCUGUGGGUUGUCCUUGAAAGAGGGAUUCUUUCGGCAUUUAGUGGAAGAGCUGAUGCUGCCAGUGGAAUAAAGCGACAUUUUCAUAAAUAUCUUGAUAAUGCAAAAUUUCAUAAUUCCAGAGAAGACAAAAGCAAGUUUCAAGUUCAAUACAAUGAUCACACUGUGCAUAUGUGGUCAGUGAUCCCAACUGCAGCCCAAGUUGAUCGACAGAGGUGGCUCAACGCACUUCAAGAUCACUGUGCAUACAGUACUCAUUACACAACAAUGCCACACGUGGUCUUGUUAGACGAACUAGAUGAAGAUUACCUACCUCUAGGAAGCAUGGAAGAUGCAUUAAAGAGUGCCAAAGCACACCAACAGCUUCUGGAACAGCAAGUAUUCUCAUUGGUUGCCUAUUUCAACACUUUGCAGGAUCAAAAUAUCAGACAAGGCACUACUGCAAACUUGAAGUUCAAACUUAACGAAGUAGUCAUGACGUCACAAGAGGUCUGCACCAAUUUGAACCAUUGUUUAUCUGUCAUGUCACAACAAGACGAGGUCAGGAGGCUGCAGUUGGAAGAGGAGACGGAAAAACGGAGAGUUCUAGAAGAUGCAUUGCAUGUCUUGGCACAAGAGCAUCACGCACUGGAAAAAUCGGUUCAAAUCAAAGCCAGAAGAGGGGGGAGCCAUAGAGUAAUUGAGACUGAUUCAGAUUUAGAAGACUUUGAGGAAUUCUACGAUGCUCCUCUUGAGUUUAUGGACAGCUUUGAGCGUUCUGUUCAGAUGUCAACAGAGGUCAAACCGAACGGAACAUUUACAGCCAUACGUGAAAACCCUGGCAAAGACUCACUUGAUGGUUUGCCCUUGGAAGAGCUUCGAAAGCCCAGAUUUCAAAACGGAGCCACGAUUCUUGAGGAGAAAGCAAUUUUAGAUGAAAUUAGGGAAGGCUGUUUUGGAGACGUACAGAAUAGUCCUGAGAAGCUACAACUGAAUAAAUCAAAAUACAGGACUCGACUACCUCAUAAUAUGCAUUCAAGAAGCGAAUUUAGCGUUUGGACCGUUCUCAAGCAGGCAAUAGGAAAGGACUUAUCAAGAAUCGCCAUGCCAGUCGUAUUCAAUGAGCCGUUGUCGUUUUUGCAACGAAUUGUCGAAUAUGGAGACUAUAUUGAGUUGAUCAGCCAAGCAGCAAAAACAGACGAUCCGGUGAAGAGAAUAGAGCUCAUUGCUGGCUUUGCUGUUAGUGCCCAAUCCCCAAAUGCUGGCAGAAUUGGUAAACCUUUCAACCCUCUGCUUGGAGAAACAUACGAACUCGUCAGGGAAGAUCUUGGCUUUAAGCUGAUUGCGGAGCAAGUUAGUCACCACCCGCCAGUCAGUGCUUUGCACUGCGAAGGAGACGGAUUUUUUCUUCACCUUUCGAUUGAGCCAGCUCUUAAAUUUUGGGGAAAGGACAUCGAAGUGAGGACAAAAGGAAACCUAACCAUCGAAAUACCGAAAUACAACGAAGCUUACACAUUUGGGCCGGUUCAAACUGCAGUUCAUAAUAUAAUCGUUGGAACUUUAUGGAUAGAACUGGUUGGCACAGUUAAUAUCGUUUCUCACAGGUCAGGGCACCAAUGCAAUUUGAACUUCAAACCAGCUGGUUGGUUUGGAAAAGACCUAAAUCAAGUUGAAGGCCAUGUUUUGGACGAAAAAAAAAACAAAGUUCGGCUAGUAAAAGGAGACUGGACCUCGCAUUUUUAUUCUUGCCCUGCCGACCAGCCAGAUAUAAUUUUGAACGACAAAAGUGAACAGAGUGAGGGAAAAUUUGUUUUGCCUGAGGGUGCUGAUUUGAUUUGGAAAGUUAGGAGGAAGCCAUUGUAUGCUGCAGAAAUGUACAAUAUGACUGAAUUUGCAAUGUCACUGAACGAAUUACGAACAGAGCAUAAGACCACUAUUGCACCAACAGACUGCAGAUUUAGACCAGAUAUUAAAGCAUUAGAAAAUGGGGAUAUAGACUUAGCAGCUGACGAGAAAUUUCGAUUAGAAGAAAAACAAAGGGCAUCAAGGAGAGAUCGACAUCAGAAAGAAGAGAAAUGGAGAACCAGAUGGUUUGAAUUUGAAAUCAAUAAAUGGACAGGGAAGGAAGACUGGAUUUACAAAAAUAAAUAUUUUGAGCGAAAUUGGUCUGACAGUCCUGAUAUCUACUAGCCAAAGAUGUCAAUCUUGGGAAUUUAAAUUAGAAGAAUUACAGCCAAAACAUCAUCCUUCUUCUGUUCCACAUUUUUCAAAAACAACUUUGUGGGAAAUCCAUGAGUGUUAUAUACAGAAUACUUGGGAUUUACAGCAGCAAGUGUGUUGCAGAAAAGAAGCAUUGAUUUACUGCAAAAGAUUACUUUUGAGGCAUCUUCCUCGUAAUCAGUCUCAACUACAAAAAUGGCUUGACACCACUGACAAUGUGUAUUGUUAUUUAUUUCAGCAGGGUUUAAAUUUUUUAUCAACAGGUAGACAUGCAGCUAACAUUAUGUUAGUACAUGUCACAUACAUACAUUGUGGCUUAGAACUAAAGACUGGACCUUCUGUGGUGAUCCUGUCUCAUAGCAGGUUUUAGGGGAUCCAAACCCUGGUAAUUGAGGGUAUUCAAAAUCCUGUGUUCCAAUGCCAAUCAAUUUUGCCAUAAAAGUGUCUUGAGCUGCAUCUCAGAUGCUUGUUGAUCAAGGUCCAGCUAUCAAAAUAUACAGCCUGUUUUAGAAGCCGUGGAAUUAUAAACUCUUCAGAAAUGAUUCCUGGAAAAGAUUCCCCCUUUAUUACUCUUUGACAUGUAGUUUAUGUUAUCUUCUCGAGUAGUUAAAUCUAGGUUUUGACUUGCCCUUGUUAGUUGUUUCAGCAAGGUAAUGGAAAAAUUUUGCAUCUCAGCUCAGUAAUCAAUUUUGACAAUGAUCAAAACCUUCAAUUUAUCAUUUGCAUGUCCUAAAGGUCAAGCCAUAUAAUCAAUUUUAGUAGACCAAAUCCCAGAGUUCUUUGGUUGUUGUAUUGAGUCAUUAGAUUCUUGUUAGAGAUCUAUAGAAAUUAGAGUUUGAUAAUGCAAGACUAGUUUAAAAUAAUGAUGGAAUACAUACCAGGACAUUAUUUUGAUCAGAAGUUAUUGAGUGUGAUUUUGGUAUUUGUUUAUUUUAAUAUUUAGUUUUAUUUAAUAAAUUGCUAUCUGUAUUGAAUUUACUGAA